AUGAUCAGUGAGGGCGCGGGUGCUACGGGUACUAUCCUAUCUCCGAUAAUAGAUCCCAGUGUCAAUAUGGUGGGGCACACUUCUGCGGCUCUGCAAAUACUUUAUAAAUCCAAAUACAUGGACAACGAUGGUGACUAUUCAGAGCUGGAUGUCAAGGGUUCCUCGCUCUGGGACAUGCCAACGAAUGGACGCUCGCUGAGUGCAAGUGAUUUUGAAGGAUUUGUCAAGAACCUACAAAACAUGUACCGAGGACUUGUCGAAGACGAAAAUUUGUUGGCCCGUCUUCGUGACUCUCGAUUCGAUGUCGCCGUGCAUGAGAUCUACGAACCAUAUCAAGUGGGGGUUUUUGAGCUGAUUGGCGUGAAGAAAACUGUGGCCGUGUCUACCAUUGGAGUCACGCCAUACGUUCGAGAAAUCACCGGUGUUCCUCCAAACCCAAGCUAUGUCCCAGGUACAUAUACCACAUACAGCGAUGAAAUGACCUUCUGGGAACGUCUGGACAACUUCAAAUUCGAAUUGGAGUUGAACUAUCUGUCUCUCAAUUGGGAAAGGACAACAUUCUCAUAUUUCAAUAACGUCCAUCCGGGUUUUCCGGAUUUUCGAAGGCUACUGAGGCAAAAAGUUGGAAUUGUUCUACUAAAUGUGAACGAAUUCAUAGAAACGCCUCGACCUAUAGCCAACAUUAUUCGAUAUAUCGGAGGAGUGGCCAUACGUGAACCGAAACCGUUAGAUGAAGAACUCAACAAUCUUCUCAACCAGCGACCUACAAACGUUCUUUUCUCAUUGGGUACAUUCACUGGAUCAAAGGAUAUGCCAUUGUGGCUGAAAAAAGAUAUAAUAGAAGCCUUUGCAAGUUUCCCCAACACAACGUUUAUUUGGAAAUAUGAAGAUGAAAGUGAUUCGGAAUUGUUCGGUACUCAUCAGAAUAUAUAUCGAAUGAAAUGGGUACCACAGAUGGAUCUGUUAGCCGAUAAACGACUGUCUCUUUUUAUCACACACGCUGGAAUGAAUUCUAUUCUUGAAGCGACAUUUGCCGGAAAACCUAUGGUGGCCAUACCCCUUUUUGGGGAUCAGUUCCUUAAUGCACGAAAUCUUCGACGACAAGGAAGAGCAGUGAUGAUUGAAAGAAACAGUCUCAACAGGGACACUCUAAUAGCGGCGAUACGUGAAACGCUUGCAAGUGAAGCGUAUCGUGUUACAUUUCUAAGGGCUUCUUUUCUUCUUCUUCUUCUGUCCCUUUUCGGUGGAAUCGAAAUUUUGCGCACUUACGUAGGGAGAGCAGCCACUGUGGCACGACUUCUUCGUGGGCGAGCAGCAGCUGCGCGUGCUGAGGUGUCGUACUGGGUGAAGACGGUUGCGGAACAGGGCCAAAUGGACCAUCUGAUGAUGCGUGCUAGAGAUUUAUCAUUUAUUCAGUACUAUUGCCUUGAUAUUAUCGCGUACUUGUUAGCUCAAUUUGUUAUCGUUCUUUGUUCAGUGUUUCUUGUUAUUAAAUUUCUCUUCAGAUGGAGUGUCCUUUUAUUGGAGAAGCGGAAAAUUGAAUAA